GAGGAGCAUAGCUUAACGGUUCGAGCUAGUCCAUGACCGUAUGCUUGGUGUGAAGCGAUCGGCGCAUGGGACUUUUCCUGCAUUCACUUGCCGUCGACCUCUUCAUCACUAUGUUGUCGGGCUCAGUCUAGGCCCAGCGAACCCAUGGUCGGCCGUCAGCAGAUCCACCACUGUCGAGAACCGUCGAUAUGGCUCUUCUCUCCCAGGGAUAUCUCAAGUGGAGAGCAUUGAUUCCGGAGUACAGGAUGUCGUAACCUCUUCGUCUGCGCCAUCGACGAGCGUAUUGCUGUCUGCCCUGUUCGGCCUGCCACUUGCGCUUUGGGCUUACAAGUGCUUGAUGAUGGUGAUGUUCCAGCGCAAGAUCAUCUACAUGGGCUACAUCCCACCAGGAGCACGGAGCGAGACCCUUGACUCGAUGGAUCCUCUGCUUCAGGGCUUGCAAGCCGAGAAGAUCGUAGUAGCAUCCGACCCAGGUAUCAAGCUCGAAGGUUUCCUCCUGAGGAAGGAGGCAUCUGCCGUAAACACUUCGCCUCGCCGAGUGGUCAUUGUCUAUUUUCAAGGCAACGUAGGCUCUCCGAUCCAGCGUUUACCCAUCUUUCGAAAGCUGUGUUUGGCCGUAGGGAGCGCGAAUGGACCUCUUAGCGACCUCGAGCUCGAUUUGAUAGCGGUCCCGCCCCGCAGCUACGGUCUUUCUACGAACGCUCGACCGAACCAACGCGCCCUCUUGUCGGACUAUCGAGCGGUAGUCGAGCACGUUACCAUAAGAUACGCCGAGCUGGACAAACGGGAUGGGGUUCAAACCAAGAUCGUAUGGUAUGGACAUAGCCUAGGCGCAUCCAUCGCUACCUGUCUGCUCGCUAGCAUCUCCAAGCAGGGCUUUGACGAUCGCAAGAUAGUCUGUGACGGCCUGAUCUUCGAGAACGGCUUCGCCAGCAUCAAGGGGAUGGUACGAACGCUGUACCCGCAACGUUUCUUGCCGUACUACUGGCUCACACCAUUCGUCGCGGACGACUGGAACGCCGUCGACGCUUUUCAGUCCAGCAAGGAGGCUGGUUCUAUGAUCAACACCGUUCCGAAACUGUUUAUAGCUUCGGAAAAGGACGAGAUGGUUCCGACCGAGAUGGUCAAGCGCGUCUAUGAACGAGCGGUCGAGCAUGGUGAACCCGGCAUUCCGUGCGAGUGGCUAGGUGUCAAGGACGCUAUGCACGACUUUGCCUACCAGAAACCUAGUUGGCUCAGCGGGAUCACUCGAUUCAUCGCAAAGUUGUAACCGACAAUACAUGACCUUAUACCGAUCUACCGAAUGAGCGUCGGUAUAAUUUCGAGCGCGUCGACCUCCGGUCUUAUCUCUCGGCGGAAGCUAAUUUUAGGGGAGGGGGG